AUGCCAGAGUAUGUUGGUGGGACUUCUGUGAGGUCUGUUAUUCAAGCAGGGCGUAAGUCUUUAAGAGAGGGAACUUUGAGAUAUGAAUCACAAGCGAGGAGCUCAGUAGGGUCUCAUCCGGGGCACAUCUCGCAAAUUCCAGAUUUUAGUAAAUACUCGCCAACCAAGUUCAUCGGUGAACUGGCACCAUACGUUUCUCCAACGCUGUGCGCGUAUCCAUUACAAUCAAAGUACGUGAAUCAACAACAUUACUACCAAAAUAAGGGUAUUCUAGAGAAACACUAUCUGUCAAAAAAACCACAUCCGGUCUCGUUAUCACAGCUGGCGCAGUACUUCGAUGAAUCCAACGCGUUGACAAAACAAAAAAUUGUUAACAGUGGUCGUUUUGUUCAGCAGGAACUCGUUACACGUAUCGCGCACAAGAUCCAUCUGCUUCAAACAUUGCCCUUCAACGUUGUGAACAAUUUUCAUUUUAGCCAGGUGUACGAAUCAUACUACAACAUUUUUGAGCGGUUUAGACGGUAUCCUACAAUCAAGACGGUUGCGGACAACGACAAAUUUGCCGUGUUUCUCCAAGGGAUUCUGUCGGAUUUCAACUCGUUGAAUUUACCACAUCUGAUCAUGGGCGCGCUUGAAUGUCGGAUCCUAGAUUUGUAUCCUCCUCACAAAAUGGAUAAGGUCAUUUCAAGUCUUCUAAGGGCUCGUAUUUCAAGAAGGUUGAUUGUGGAGGAACAUCUCAGUAUGACUUCCAAUUAUCAAAGCGGGAAGAAGGAGAACACGCUGGUGCUGGGUGAUAUUUUCCAAGAAUGCAGCGCGCAUGAGUUUCUUUUGGGGGCAAAAGCGAUGUGUGAAAAAUUCAUUCAAGACAUGUAUUUCGAGGGCAUCAAACUGCCAGAAUUUGUCGUUGACGGCAAUCUCGAGCUCAAGUUUUAUUUUCUGCCCCUGCACUUGAAGUAUCUGCUAGGAGAAGUGCUGCGGAACAGUUACGAGGCCACUAUGAAAGAAUACAUACGUUUGGGACUUCAAAAGCCGGAGCCAAUCACCGUUACCAUAGUCUCUAACGAGCAGUCUUUCAUUUUCCGCAUUUCGGAUCGCGCUGGCGGGAUCCCGCAUGAUGAAAAAACUAUCUGGUCCUUUGGGAAAUCUAAGCAGCUUGCAAGUGAAUCGUUAGACAAUUUCCACAAGCUCCCCGGUCUCCAGACCAUAUCACUUUACGAUUACAUGUACGAUGCGAAUGCAAGAAAGCCCUCUAGUCAUCCCUACAAGUUUACAUCCUUGGAACCUGUCAGUGCAUCAAAUUUGCCAAGCGGCCACAAAUUCGAGAAACCGCUCUUGGGGCUGUUGGAAAGAUCCUCACGUUACAAAUUGGGCAUUGGACUCGCUAUGUGCAAGGUUUAUGCGGAAUAUUGGAAUGGCGAUUUGACAGUCCAUUCCAUCAAAGGUUAUGGAACUGAUACUGUUUUGAAGCUGGGAAAUCUCAUGUAUCACACGGACAAAUUACAACUCGACAAAGUAUAA